AUGUGCAGUUAUACCAUCAAAGUAUUUUUGUCCGCAAGUUGUAUUAUUGCAUCUAUAAGGUGUGAAAGCGAAUCGCCAGACGACAGCACCACAGUUUUUCCUCAAGUGUACGAACAGAGAAAUGACAUUUCGUCGAAAGUUCUGGUUAUUUGUGAUGACUACAGCCUUGAUCUAGUUAAAGCUUCGGUGUUGUCCGACCCUGUUUUGCUCCGUGUUGUCACAGAGUCCGGCGUUGAGCAAAGAUACGUUGAUGGGCCAUAUCAUGAAAGGAACCUGUAUCAGGACACUAGCAAGCAAGCAUCAUUAAUUCUAAAACCUCUGAGAGAUGGGCAUUACCACGUAAUCGGUCUUCUGAAUUUUACGCAUCGAAUAGAGCCUCUCCUAAACCAUGAAAGAUCUUCAAGAAGCAGAGCGGCGCACAGAAUAUCAAAGGUUGUCCCAAGAAAUGGACCACUCGACGCCGCUACCUCACUCGGGGCAGGUGAAGACGAAAUAGAGGCACCGACACCAGCUUCUGCGUUGUUUGAUUUUUCAGAUGUAGAAGAGAGGGCUCCACUGGUAAACUUCACCAUCGAAUUAUAUGCCAUCAGCGACAACAAACACGCUACACAUUUUGGGAGUCGAAUAGAUGAGCAUGUUGAAUACUUGGCGGCUUUCUGGAACUCGGUCAGCCUACGAUUUCAGCAACUCGUUCCUCCUGGGUUCAUAGCACUCAUAGCGAUCGAGACAUCCUCAACUGGAACAGAGCCUUAUCUAGAUCAGCGUCCCGAUGGCAAACUCGUCUCCAAUGCAACCCUAUUGAAGUUACAGCAAUACACCUGGAGAAACCGUUCAAUAAGGGUUGCAGACGUCAUCUUCCUGGUUACCGCACGAGACAUAGUGGACCUAGUUCCUGGGGGCAUAAGUACCGGCGCAGCAGGUGUAGCCUAUCUGGGUAAAGCUUGCGGAAUAAACAAAGUCGGCAUUGGAGAGGACGAUCCGGGUCAGUUUUCUGGCGUAAACGUUGCUGCUCACGAAAUCGCACAUCUACUAUCAUCCCCACAUGACGGCGAAGGCACCUCAAGUCGUUGCCGGGCGUCAGACGGCUACAUCAUGAAUCCAUCAACCGCUGGAAGUAAUAUUUUUCAUUUCUCCGAUUGCAGCAAGAACGCCAUUGCUACAUUCCUGAAGUCUCCUCAGUCUUACUGCUUAAGGGACACCAACAAAAACAGACAUAUCGUUUAUUUGCCCGACAAGUUUAAGAAGCUCCCUGGAGAACUGAUGAGUGGCGAGCAAUACUGCCAACACUACUUUCCAAAACACCUGCAAGUCACCUAUAUCAAGUGGGACUCGGAUCUCCGGAAGUGCAAGUUUCGCUGCCAAUUGGGUGUGAAAGCAGAUGGGCAACCAAAUUAUGCCAUUAGAACUGCAAUAGAUGGAACUCCUUGUGACCGGCAUAAACCCAAUAUGAAAUGCAAGAACACCCUCUGUGUGGAACCGUAGGUAAUCAGUGGCAUUACAACACAACUAAUGUGUCAUCUCGCCUAAUUGUAGAAAAGCCCUCAGAUACUCACUACGGUAUCCUAGAAUGAUGAGAGGUUGACACAUUGUUUGGAAAUCUGUGCUGCCAAGGCGUCAAAUAUUUGAAGGCUCAAAUCCCUGGAACGUAUCUUCUUUAUCCCAGAAUUUAGGUGCGAAACUCCGCGUAGAUAAUCCACAUAUUUUUGCAAUUAUAAACGUAGGCAUGGUUCAUCACUGCGGCACGUUUUUCAAGGCAUCGUUAUCUGGCAUGGAACAUUUUCAAGAAAUGUUUUAAACCGUGACUGUGUCUAAAUUUCCCGCCAUAAACGGCAUGGCCCCUGUUUUCUCAUAAAAAAUUCAACAAAAGAUUUUGUUAGGCAGUCUUAUGACACUCACAUAAUUAGCGGC